AUGAAUGAAUCUAUUAAAAAUAAAGAAUAUAAUGAAACAAGUGCAAUGGUUAUGUGUAUUGGUACUAUAAAUAUGAAAUAUGAUAAACCACAGGAUGCAUUUGCUAAAAUAAUUGCAUUAAUAGAUUCAGUUAAAGCAUCAUAUCCAAAAACAAAAUUAAUUUUUAUAACAAUUCCUAAAUUAAAUGUGGAAGGUAUUAAAUCAUCUGUUGAACAAGUUAAUGUCGAUGUUGAUGAAUUUAAUACUCUCCUACAAUCAUUACAAGAUAAUGAUAUUGAUAUUAUUAAUUUUGGAUUUCAAGAUAAUAUGUUAAAUAAAGAUGGAAUACAUUUAAAGCCAAAUGCAUCUACCACGGAUGCACUACUCCAUGUCACUAACAGAUUAUUCUCAAAUGCAUCAAAUAAUAAAAUCAGUGUUGGUAUUAGUUUCGACUUGUCCAAGGCUUUCGAUCGUGUUCCUCAUUUUGUUCUACUUAAUAAAUUAAAAUCGGUUGGUUUGGAGGGAAAACUCUUAGGAUGGUUUCAAUCCUACUUAACUGAUCGUUCACAACGUGUUAAGAUCGAUAAUGUUCUUUCAAGUUUGUCUUAUACUUAUUCUAGUGUCCCACAGGGGUCUACAUUAGGCCCAUUGUUAUUCAUUAUUUUCAUAAAUGAUCUUUCCGAUGUUAUAUCUUCAUCAGUAUUACAUAGUCUAUUUGACGAUGAUCUUUUUCUAGUUUGUACUUUCAGUAAACAAGAUAAUCUGCAAAAUUUUCAAAGUUCUGUUCAAGCAGAGAUUGAUUGA